UUCACCAACAACUCCCUUAUGAGUAUGCUCUAUUGAGAACGUAUUCCAGGCAGAAACCGAACAACAAGAGGCAUGUAAAAAGUUUGAGGAUAUUAGUGCACUGGCAAAAACUGAACUAAAGGAUCUGAAAAAGCGCCGAGUAUUGGCGUUCAAGAAAAACCUCGCCGACCUUGCGGAUCUGGAGAUCAAGCACGCCAAGACUAUACUCAGCAAUAAAAAUUUAUCUUCUAUUCCAUCGACAGAUCAUCAAAGAGCGUUAUUUGUAUGUAUGUGUGUGUUCUCUCAUUCUAUCACUCGAAAUGAGGCAUGCGAUAUCAAAGCAAACGUGCCGGCUUCUUGUUUAUUCAUACGGUUUUGCAACGGCUAA